CCACCUGGACCCACAGGGGAGGCAGUGCAUAAAGCCUCCUGUGUUUGAGGCUGGGCCGCUGAGAGGCUGAGUGGAGUUCACUCACAUGGGUUGAGGCCCAGUUCCUGGGAGAAGAGAUGCUGGGCAGGAAGGUGUCUGCAUGUGGGACUCUGUACAGCCCGGUCCUCUCCCAAGUCUGGGAGGGGCCAGAGUCAGACAACUGCUGGGUUGGUCCCUAAGAGAGGUCAUCUGACUGGCUGUUCAGCCUAGGCUGCAUCCCCGCCCCCUUUCCUCUACCAGGCCACACCAGAGCCGGUGCUCACACAGGCGAGCUACCAGGCCACAAGGACGACACCCACCCCACCUCUGCACCUCUGAGCAUCCAUGUACUUGCGAGAACCCUUGCUCACAUCAGCUAAGAGAUUGCACCUGCUGACCUAGAGAUUCCCACCUGUGGCUCCUAGGGUGAGAGGCAGCCCAGCCGAGCAGGGCAGCCAGCAGUAGCACCAUGUCUGCGAGUGGUGGGAAGAUGGGACCGUCCCUCACCCAGGAGAUCCUCAGCCACCUGGGCCUGGCCAGCAAGACUGCAGCGUGGGGGACCCUGGGCACCCUCAGGACCUUCCUGAACUUCAGCGUGGACAAGGAUGCGCAGAGGCUACUGAGGGCCAUUACUGGCCAAGGCGUGGACCGCAGUGCCAUUGUGGAUGUGCUGACCAACCGGAGCAGAGAGCAAAGGCAGCUCAUCUCACGUGCCUUCCAGGAGCGCACCCAACAGGACCUGCUGAAGUCCCUACGGGCAGCCCUUUCCGGCAACCUGGAGAGGAUCGUGAUGGCUCUGCUGCAGCCCGCAGCCCGGUUUGACGCCCAGGAAUUGAGGACAGCCCUGAAGGCCUCAGAUUCUGCGGUGGAUGUGGCCAUUGAAAUUCUUGCCACUCGAACCCCACCCCGGCUGCAGGAGUGCCUGGCAGUCUACAAACACGAUUUCCAGGUGGAGGCUGUGGAUGACAUCACGUCUGAGACCAAUGGCAUCUUGCAGGACCUGCUCCUGGCCCUGGUCAAGGGGGGCCGUGACAGCUACUCUGGAAUCAUUGACUAUAAUCUGGCAGAACAAGAUGUCCGGGCACUACAGCGGGCAGAAGGACCUAGCACAGAGGAGACAUGGGUCCCACUCCUCACCCAGCGAAAUCCUGAACACCUCAUCCGAGUGUUUGAUCAGUACCAGCGGAGCACUGGGCAAGAGCUGGAGGAGGCUGUCCAGAACCGUUUCCAUGGAGAUGCCCAGGCGGCUCUGCUCGGCCUAGCUUCAGUGAUCAAGAACACACCGCUGUACUUUGCUGACAAACUUCACCAAGCCCUCCAGGAAACUGAGCCCAAUUACCAAGUCCUGAUUCGCAUCCUUAUCUCUCGAUGUGAGACCGACCUUCUGAGUAUCAGAGCUGAGUUCAAGAAGAAAUUUGGGAAGUCCCUCUACUCUUCUCUCCAGGAUGCAGUGAAAGGGGAUUGCCAGUCAGCCCUCCUGGCCUUGUGCAGGGCUGAAGACAUGUGAGACUUCCCUGCCCCACCCCACAUGACAUCCAAGGAUCUGAGAUUUCCGUGUUUGGCUGAACGUGGGAGACCAGCUGGGCCUCCAAGUAGGAUAACCCCUCACUGAGCACCAUAUGCUGUAGCUUCUUGAGGUUGAAACUGUUUCUUUAAAAUCCUUUAAUUUUCCUCAUCUCAAAAUUAUAUCUGUACCUGGGUCAUCCAGCUCCUUCUUGGGUGUGGGGAAAUGAGUUUUCUUUGAUAGUUUCUGCCUCACUCAUCCCUCCUGUACCCUGGCCAGAACAUCUCACUGAUACUUGAAUUCUUUUGGCAAACUUCA